CAGGCAACGGAGGGGGACGCCGGCGGCCGCCAUGCAGGGUGCGAAGGUGCUGUUGGUGGGGCCGCGAGAGUCUGGAAAAUCAGUGUUGGCGAACUUUGUUUCAGAGAGCAUCGAAGGGAUUGGCAGCUACAGCCCAACACAAGGAGUAAGGAUCUUGGAGUAUGAGAUGAACAGUAACAGGAAGGGAGGAGCGUGUCAGUUCGAGUUGUGGGAUUGCAGCGGUGAUCAAAAGUUUGAAACGUGCUGGCCAGCUCUGAUGAAGGACUCUCAUGGUGUAGUUAUUGUCUUCAACCCUGAGCUGCCCAGUCACCUGAAGGAAAUAGAAAUGUGGUACUCGUAUUUCGUGCAGCAGCAGCCCCUGCUCGACAGUCAGUGUCUCCUCGUUGCACAUCACAAGCCAGGCAGCACAGGGCACACGGAAAAUCUGUCCUUGGCUUACCCGCUGAACAAGCUAAAACUAGUACAUUCCAACUUGGAAGAAGACGCAGAAGAUGUUCGGAUGGAAUUUAAUAAAUACUUCAGAAGCAUCAUCACCUUCAUAAAUGAGAGCAGAGAGAAGGAAGAAAUGUCAAUUAUCUCAUAAUAGCUAAAGAAAUAUGGGACAGGAAAGAAAAAGGAUGAUGGUUAUUACUCUGGAAUCUAUAGGACCCUAUGAACACUUCAGAGAAAAAAAAUGCACAAUUUAUGACUUAAAGAGUAAAAGACAAGUGCUGAAAUCAGAUGAACUGUGGUGCCAUGGCUGCACAUCCAGGAAUCUGGGUGAGACUUUAGCUGCCCCUUGGUCUCAUUUGGCAUCAGAGGGACUGAAGGUUAUUGUUGAAUAGGUUAGUGUGGAACAAAGUCUACAGGCAUUGGUCAUCUCUCCAUAUCAGAAUCCCUUUUAGAGGCGCUAAGGGAAGAAAGCUUGACAGAACGUAAGGUUUGUGAUGUCCUGUUGAGGGAUCUGAGCAAAGCGCUCAUGCUAGCGGUGUUCCUGGAGGGGUUACGCUUUUGGAAGUCAGCACAAACUGUUUGGAAUAGAGAAGUAGUCAUGGUGUGGAAUCCAAACUUUUGUGUUCCAAGUUCUUACCUUUCUGCCCAGCAUCUGCAGAGAGCGCAUUUCAGAGCCACUGGCAGGGCAGAGGAUGCUGCAGCCUUUUGCAGGACUGGGUUUUCCUUCUGUUCCAAACAAAUGUGGUUUGGGGGACUAUGUUUAGGUCUCUCUUUGAAGAAUUGAAAUCUCAGUGUAGUGCAAAACUUUAACCUAUGUCAGGGGCUCAAUAGAAGAGAAAUGUUCUCCAUUCUCGUGAGGAGGAAAAGCUGUUUCCAAACUGUUCCUUGUUGCAUUGAAAUAAAUGGUUUCAUAAUUCAUGUUCUUAUCUGUUUGGUUUGGACUCCUCCUUCUUUUUGUGUGUUUUGCUGUAGCAGGCAAUUUUUUGUAAGAUGCAGCACUAAAGCAAUAAAACCAUGUUAA